AACACCGUCUCAGUUCAGUACAGACUGGGUCUGGGUGGAGCUGCUUUCUGACCUGGGCCUUAAAGAAGAGGAGUCCCCUGAGACUUCGUGCGGGACACUUGGGUCUCACAGGCGACAGGUGAUCAUGGCCGUGUGGGUGACGCUGGCAGCCGGGCUACUUUUGGCCUUUUUAUUCCGUCACCGGCGCUUUUUGCAGGACGCCCGCUUCGUGUGGGACCGGAUAAAAAGUAGGAACCGCGUCGUGAAGUACACGCGGGCCAACUACCGCCUCCUGGACCGGUUCGCGGAAUUGGUGCACGCGCAGCCAGACAAGCCGUUCGUCCUCUUUAGAGAGGAGACCUUCAGCUACGGGGACGCGGACGCGCUCAGCAACCGAGCCGCGCGCGGCCUGCUGCAGAGCGGCCACGUCAAAGGGGGCGACACGGUGGCGCUGUUCCUGCGCAACGAGCCCGCGCUGCUGUGGCUGUGGCUCGGCCUGUCGAAGCUCGGCUGCUCCGCGGCGCUGCUCAACCACAACGUCCGCGCCAAGCCGCUGCUGCACUGCUUCCGCUGCAGCGGCGCCACGGUGCUGCUCGCCUCCGCAGAGCUGCAGGAUGCUGUGGAGGAGAUCCUGCCCAGCCUGGUGGACCAGCAGGUCACGGUUUUCAUCAUGGCUGACACGGCGGGAACUGCACACGUUAAGAGCUUCAAAGACCAAAUGAGCCGGGCUUCUUCUGAGCCGCUGCCCAAAGAUUUACGCUCACAUUUCAGUCCAACACUCUACGUAUUCACUUCAGGGACAACAGGUCUUCCCAAAGCAGCGGUGGUCACUCAGGCCAAACUGUGGGCCGGGUCUUUCCUUUUCGGUAUAUUAGGGCUGAAAUCUGACGAUGUGUUCUACGUUAGCCUCCCUCUUUAUCACUUCUCCGGCUUCAUGGCAUUCGGUGCAACUAUUGAGAGAGGUUCCACAAUGGCUUUGAGAAGUAAGUUUUCAACAUCUCAGUUCUGGGAUGACUGCAGAAAAUAUGACGUCACUGUCAUCGGGUACAUAGGAGAAACCAUGCGUUACCUCUGCAACACAACAAAGAAACCAAACGAUCGGAGUCACAAAGUGAGGCUCGCAGUGGGAAACGGGAUCCGGGCCGAUGUCUGGAGGGACUUUGUGAGCCGCUUCGGAAAUGUUAAAAUCGUGGAGCUCUAUGGAGCAACCGACGGGAAUUUAUCUUUGGCGAAUUACAGCGGCAAGGUCGGCGCUAUCGGCCGAGACACCUUCCUCUAUAAGUGUUUUUUUCCGUACGCUGUGAUCAAAUUUGAUGUAGAAGCAGAAAGGCCCGUGAGGGAUUCUUCUGGAUUGUGCAUCGAGGUUUCCAAAGGAGAACCUGGACUUCUGGUGUCUCUGAUAUCAGCCAUUUCUCCAUUCGCUGGCUACGCGGGAGACCUGCAGCAAACGGAGAAGAAGGUGCUGCAUGACGUCCUCAAGAAAGGAGACUCGUACGUUAACACUGGAGACCUUCUGCGCACCGAUGCAGAUGGUUUCUUCUACUUUCAUGAUCGGGUUGGAGACACUUUCAGAUGGAAAGGAGAGAACGUGGCAACAAAUGAGGUAGCAGACAUCCUCAUGCUGGCUGACUGUAUUAAAGAAGCCAACGUGUAUGGAGUCGAAGUGCCAGGUCUGGAGGGGAGAGCUGGAAUGGCUGCUGUUAUUUUAAGUGAUGAACAGACAUUUGAGCCCACGGUUGUUUUUAAACAUGUUGAAAACUUCCUGCCUUCCUACGCAAGGCCACGUUUCAUAAGGAUUCAGACCUCCAUGGAGGUUACAGGCACCUUUAAGCUUUUGAAGGGGAAGCUGGUGGAGGAGGGUUUUAACCCAAAUCGAGUGACUGACCCGCUCUACUUCCUGGAUGAAAAAGAGAAGAAUUAUGUCCCCCUCACGGUGGACACUUUCAACUCAGGCGAGAUCAAAAUGUAAAGAGUAGUUUGUCGCCUGUUAAGGAAACGCAGCUAGUGUUCUGCCAGCACACUAAACUUAAAACGUCUUUAUCGUUACCAAGCACAAAGAUGAGGGGAUGAUGAUGAUGAUGAUGAAGAAGAGUUACCCGACCAACCAUGAAUAAAAUGAUUUAUUGAGAAUUAAACGCUCAACAAUAGAAAGGUCAUUCAAAACUCUAUUUAAAAACUUGUAUGGAAUGCAGCAUAUACUGUUUUCUUUGUAAAGGAUGUAGCUGCUAUUGUUAACCACACUGUUUUUUUUCAAAUGAAAGUAUUACUCCAUCACAUGUGGAGCGCAUUAUUUUAUUCAACAUAUGCUAAUGUUUUUGUUGUUAAAUUAAAGAAUAAAGUUCUACUUCCCAUUUGAUUGAGUCAAAAGUGUUGUUUUGUUGUGAAUUCAGUUCAGCUCUGAGCUCCUUAUUCAAAAAGUGGCAUCUUGUUGUGUUCCACUCUGGUGUGUGGAGGCUAUCCUCAGUGGAGAAUCGGCCUGCUAAACAAUAGAUUUAUUGUUUGGUUCCUCCUCUUCAGAGCUGAGACAUAUCAGUCAAAUGAUUUGUUUCAGAUAUUUCCAAUCAAUACUGCUCCUAUUUUUGAUUAGAAUUUACUAUCUGUGCUCGUAUGAAAUAUGAUUGUAGCAAACAGAGGCACACGUUUAGUAAUUAAUAUUUAUUGUUUGCUUAAAGCUGAGUAGUCCGACCCUUCCACUGUGCACACAAAUGUGGCUCCACUUAUAACAGACUGAGCAAUGUUUCUUUUUCUUUUAUGUAUCCUGAAUCUAAAGUUAUUUUUGUCGUGUAAAUUAUUUUGAGCCCCUCAUACCCCGUAUUUAUCAUUUACACCCUAUUUACAUAGUUUUACAUUUCAUAUUUUCCAAAUGAGCUAUUUGAAGCCGCAUGCAGAGUUCUGGCAGAUGGCAAUUUCUACAAUAUUCUGACCUACAAAAGAACAUCUCAGCAUUUCUGACCUAUGGCCGUCCGUGCACGCGUGGGCGCGCGUGCCCGCGUGCAUCACGACUAAGCAGACAAACACCGCUCCGCCUCAGAGGGUCACGCCCACCGCCUGCGCCGACUGAAUAUUAGGAUUUGGGUCGCCAGUUGCAGUUACGUGGGGGAUUACUUCGUGUCCUGUAAAAGGUUGAAGUGAGCUGCAGGGAAAAGUUCGGCGCAGGUGGAGGUUCCCUCAAUGGCGUCAGUUUUUUUUCCUUCAUUUUAAUGACUUCUCUCAAAGUUGAAUAGAAACAGGUUGUGUCACACAACACGCGCAUAACGUACACACCAAGGGAAGCCC